AUGGCUGAAGUCUUUGGCGCCGUUGCAAGUGGCGCUGGCCUCCUGUCCUUAGCUAUUCAGCUGGCAGACAGUGCUGUCAAGCUGAAGAAGUUCUACGACGAAGUCGAGAGAGCUCCCAAACGUUUGCAAUCGCUCGCCCGAGAGAUCAACUUAUUUUCGAACAUACUCCGGAACCUGGAAGAUGUGCGCCUCCAGCAUGGCGUCUCAGAUUCAGACGUGCUCACUCAAUGCAUCGAGAUGUGUGAAGACAGGACGCGAGAGAUCGUAUCAGCCACCAGAAAGAUCGAGAAUAUGCACCAGAGAUCCCAACUACGCGGUCGGAUAUACGCUGCUGUGAAGAUGUCUGAAGUCAUCGAUUUGUGCAAUGACAUGGAGAGAUCGAAGAACAGCCUUUCGAUGGCGUUCCAGAUAUUUCAUUCCGGCCUCACUGGAACACUUUUGGCCACGAACCAGGCAAUGUCCACUCAAGUAGCUACGCUCGUGGCGACAUUCUUGGCUGCACCAUCGCAGCCCAUGGUAUCGAGUGCGAUGGUCGUGGCUGCAAAUCACCAGCCGACUGCUCAAAUUUGUCUCGAUCAGCAACCCACGCAGGUGGUAGCUGGCAUGGAUCGAGACCAGAAUUCAGCCGAGCUGUGGCCUGGUACUAAGAAGCGUACCUACAAGCGACUUUUUGGGUGCCAGGUAAAACGCCUCUACAGAGAGUCAACAUCAUCAGAGUGGAGAGUCUGCGUAGAGCAUGUUCUUGACUUGGACACAUGGGUCCUACAACUGGAACCUUGGUCCUGGCCACUUUCGCCAUAUGUGCCGCAAACGAUUUGUUGGACACCAAGAAAAUGGACGACCGAAGACGUAGAGGGUCCCUGGCGAUCUUAUGUUCGGUAUGAGAUCGAACUGAGUGGUGGCCAAUGGUUGCCUGAAGUCGUAUCUCAUGAAGGCGGCAGGCGGCUGCAACGAGGCCAGGACGUUCGCGAUGACGAAAUAGUCCUCAGAAUUGCAAACUCUCGCAAGUCUUCCAACAAAAGGACGACUAGCGAACCACCAAGCUCGCCUCAGGCGUACAGCAUGCGACAGCAAGCCCUAGCCAGCCGCGUGAAAUAUUGCUGGUUACAUUCGCGUUGGUGUCGUCCAUCUCUGGCCCAGGCAUCGAAGUGGUGUCGUCAAAACAACGAAGAUCGGGAAUGGCAUGCUGUCCUUACCCAGACUCCCUGCGGCAGCCAAAAUUGCUGCAUCCCAUCUUACUUGGAAGAGCCGUACCACGAGUACUGGGAGUUCUCGAAAAUCGCUCAACAGCGCAAGGACUUCAUAGAACGACAUGGAUCACCACCGGCCAUAUGCUCGUUGGUCGUAGGUCCAUCGCUCAAGGGAGCACAUAGCCAACCAAACCACAUUGUCAGCCACGAAGACCUGUUUUACUUUGCAGUGGGACGGGAUAGCAUUCUAUCUGAAUAUCUAUGUGACGCAUUUCCCGAUUGUAUCCAUCAGCAAGUUCACAUUGAGAGGUUGCAGCAAGAGAAGGAAUGGGGUAUCGAUAACCUCCAGGAAGAAGGUGUCGAUUAA